AGCUUUCGAUAACGAUGGAAAUGGCGGAAGGAGAAGGAACUACAGAGGAGAAGUACGACGUAGACAUCGCAACCACCGCUUCUUCACUCGGCGGCUCCGGCGCCUUCCAUAUCAUCAAUGACAUCGUUGGUUUCGUCCUCUACAUGCACCAGCAGAUCCCUUCGGUAUUGCAAGACAUGAGUCUUGACUUUGAUGGAUUGCAAACAGAAUUUAUGGAUUUGGAGGCGCAUCUAACACAACCAGAUGUGAAGCCCUUGGCCAGAAGAAAACUUGUGAGUAGAAAAAGAGAGGUGAAGCAUGAAAUUAAGAAACUGCAGAAACUGAUGAGCUCCAUCUCUAGUCUUCGAAGCGCACUGCAGUUAAUGAUCCGUGAAGCUCCUGACAUUCAGAGAGUUGUGUUGAUCCUCGGUGGUAGUCCAUUACGGCCUCAAAAAGCUUACGAGUUAUUAUUCACACACAGUGAUAAUGUUCUGAACUUCGAAAGUGACUUUUCCAAAAGCAAAGCUACAGAAGCACUUUCAAAAAAGACUAUCCGAGCACUGAUCUCGACAGGUGCUGGAUCAACUUCCUGCCCAGGUCCAAUGAGGCUCUUCAUAUUGGUUCACGCUCCACCUUCUUUGAAUCUUCCCCAACAUUUCAUUCCUAAGCGUGACUUCAGAUACAACAGAAAGUUUGUGCCUCUAAAGUUGCGAUUCAAGUGCAGAGCUCAAGACGAGGCGGCAAACUCUCCUCUCAACUCUGGCACAAAUGAUCUAAUAUGGUUUCAGUGUCGGCAUGUGAUAAAGGGCUUAGCUUUCCAGCAACCAGUCUUUCACAGGAGCAGGAAGAUGAUCUUCAAGAUCGAAGACGUAACUGUCUACUUCCCUUAUGAGAACAUAUACCCAGAACAAUACGAAUACAUGGUUGAAUUGAAGCGAGCCCUAGACGCCAAGGGACAUUGUCUUCUCGAGAUGCCCACCGGAACCGGCAAAACCAUUGCCCUUCUCUCCCUUAUCACCAGUUACCGGCUCUCUCGUCCCGAUUCUCCGAUGAAGCUUGUCUACUGCACUCGUACUGUCCACGAGAUGGAGAAAACGCUCGGCGAGCUUAAGCUGCUCCAUGAAUACCAAGUAUGCCAUCUCGGCGCCCAGGCAAAGAUCCUCGCCAUCGGUCUUUCCUCCCGGAAGAAUCUCUGCGUUAAUCCUCAGGUUUUGGCGGCGGAGAAUCGCGAUUCCGUCGAUGCAGCGUGUAGGAAACGGACAGCUAGUUGGGUUAGGGCUUUGUCCGCCGAGAAUCCAAAUGUAGAACUCUGUGACUACUUUGAAAACUACGAGAAGGCUGCUGAGAAUGCGUUGUUGCCUCCUGGUGUUUACACUUUAGAGGAUUUAAGGGCGUUUGGUAAGAAUCGAGGAUGGUGUCCUUACUUCCUGGCGAGGCAUAUGGUUCAGUUCGCCAACGUCAUUGUUUACAGCUACCAGUACUUGCUUGAUCCUAAGGUUGCUGGAAUCAUAUCCAAGGAGUUACAAAAGGAGUCUGUGGUAGUGUUUGACGAGGCCCAUAAUAUAGAUAACGUCUGUAUUGAAGCACUCAGCGUCAGUGUGAGGAGGGUUACACUCGAAGGAGCUAAUCGAAAUCUUAAUAAGAUUAGGCAAGAAAUUGAUAGGUUCAAGGCUACAGAUGCAGGAAGAUUGCGAGCUGAAUACAACCGCCUGGUUGAGGGUUUGGCACUGAGAGGGGACUUAUCUGGAACUGAUCAAUGGCUCGCAAACCCUGCACUGCCCCAUGAUAUUCUAAAGGAGGCUGUCCCUGGAAAUAUUAGACGGGCUGAGCAUUUUGUUCAUGUUUUACGCCGAUUACUUCAGUACUUGGGGGUACGGCUGGAUACUGAGAACGUGGAGAAAGAAAGCCCUGUUAGCUUUGUCUCGUCGCUUAAUUCUCAGGCUGGAAUUGAGCAGAAAACACUCAAGUUCUGUUAUGACCGGCUCCAGUCUCUCAUGUUAACCCUUGAGAUUACAGAUACCGAUGAGUUUUUGCCUAUACAGACAGUGUGCGACUUCGCAACUCUUGUUGGGACAUAUGCACGGGGCUUUUCCAUCAUCAUUGAGCCUUAUGACGAGAGAAUGCCCAACAUUCCAGAUCCUAUAUUGCAGUUGAGCUGUCAUGAUGCGUCUCUGGCAAUAAAACCGGUGUUUGAUCGUUUCCAGUCAGUAGUGAUUACAUCAGGCACCCUGAGCCCAAUUGAUCUGUAUCCCCGUCUUCUUAGUUUCAACCCGGUUGUUAGUCGAAGCUUUAAGAUGUCAAUGACACGAGAUUGCAUCUGCCCUAUGGUUUUAACUCGAGGAAGUGAUCAGCUUCCUAUUAGCACCAAAUUUGACAUGAGAAGUGAUCCUGGUGUUGUGAGGAAUUAUGGAAAGCUUUUGGUGGAGAUGGUAUCUAUUGUUCCUGAUGGAGUUGUCUGCUUCUUUGUUAGUUACUCAUACAUGGAUGGUAUUAUUGCCACAUGGAAUGAAACUGGAAUUCUUACGGAAAUUAUGCAACAUAAACUUGUCUUUUUUGAAACGCAAGAUGUUGUAGAAACAACAUUAGCACUGGACAACUAUCGCAGGGCUUGCGAUUCCGGAAGAGGUGCAGUUUUCUUCUCUGUAGCCAGGGGAAAAGUUGCUGAAGGUAUCGAUUUUGAUCGUCAUUAUGGAAGACUGGUUAUAAUGUUCGGAGUGCCUUUUCAAUAUACAUUAAGCAAGAUAUUACUAGCAAGGUUGGAGUAUUUGCGUGAUACAUUUCAAAUAAAAGAAGGCGAUUUCCUAACUUUUGAUGCCUUGAGGCAAGCAGCUCAAUGUGUAGGACGAGUAAUCCGGUCAAAGGCUGAUUAUGGGAUGAUGAUAUUUGCAGACAAGAGAUAUAGCCGUCAUGAUAAGCGGUCGAAAUUACCCGGUUGGAUACUUUCACAUCUGCGUGACGCGCACUUGAAUCUAAGCACUGACAUGGCUAUCCACAUUGCCCGAGAGUUUCUAAGGAAAAUGGCUCAACCGUACGAUAAGGCGGGUACUAAUACUAUGGGCAGGAAAACUCUUUUAACACAAGAAGAUUUAGAGAAGAUGGCCGAGACUGGUGCGCAAGACAUGGUUUAU